UAGCAUCACAGCCUAGAGUUAAAAUCUGCAACACUACCUUUUCCUCUAGUUACGCCUCUGACACGGGCGUAGUCUCAUAUAUAGAUGUGUGUAUAUAUAUAUAUAUAUAUAUAUAUGUGCCUCUUGUCACAUUGUGUUUGUUAUUACUUAUAUGUGCUAACCUGCACUGAGCUUUGUAAUUAAAAAAAUAAGCAAACACUUGUUUUGAUGUUCGAAGUUUCUAACAUCAAGUGUUUAUGUGUGUAGUAUAGUUGGAUGCCGCGUAUCAAUGUAAUUUGAGGUGUCUUAUCACUCUGACUGCCUCCCGUGUUUCUGUCUAUUUGUCGAGUAAAUGUGAAACCGUCAGCAACAUAAAACCCGUCUAUCGUGACAACACAUCACAGAACAAGCUGGGUCACAUUUGGAAAUAGGUGUUGUUAUCUCCGGCACUUGAUCAGAAAUGUCGCCGCAGGCCGUCGUGCAGAUAUCAAUCAACCCAAACGAUUACAAAGAUGGUAUUUACGAUAUUUUAAAACUGGUGCGGCCCUCCUGGCAGCAGGAUUCCAUAUUCUUCAAAGUUUUCAGUGAAGGAAUUACCAAUCAGUUGGUGGGUUGCUACCAAAAUGAUUCACACAGUGACAUGGUCCUUGUUCGCCUCUAUGGGAAAAACACCGAGCUUCUUAUUGACCGCAAAUUAGAGUAUUUAUCCAUGACCCUCCUGAAUUCAAAAGGUAUGGCUCCAGACGUUUACUGCUGCUUCAGCAAUGGUAUGUGUUACGGUUAUCAACAGGGACGGCCCAUCAACGUACAUGAAGUGUGUGAUCCAAAAAUUAGCGGUCUGAUUACACAAGAAAUGGUCCGCUUACAUAGCAUCAAAGCUAGUGAAGUUGAUGAUUUGCAAACUUACAGUGUGUUCUUCAAAGGUGAACCAAUUCUGCUCAAGAAAAUGAAGAGCAUGCUACAGAUUAUUCCAAAUAAAUUUGAAGACAGCCAGACACAACAAAGGUACACAUCUGAGAUUUUGGAUAAAAUAAACCUGUGGGAUGAGUUCAAUGACCUCUGCAAGGUAUUUGAGAAUUGCGAUGUGCCCGUAGCCAUCUGCCAUAAUGAUCUGCUCUUAAACAACAUCAUCUACAAUGCCAAAACAGAUUCAAUUUCCUUCAUAGAUUUUGAAUAUACCUAUGAGAACUACAUUGCCUAUGACAUUGCCAACCAUUUCUGUGAAUAUGCUGGAGUUGAUGAAGCUGACUUCUCUCGUUGUCCCAAUGAAGCAUAUCAACUGAAAUGGAUAAAGAACUAUCUAGAACUUUACAAGAAAAUGGCCUCUCCACAAGGUUCUAAAACUCAUGCUGUCACUGAUGAAGAAGUUAGACACAUGUAUAUCUGGGUUAGCAAAUUUUUUGCAGCCUCCCAUUUCUUCUGGGGUAUUUGGUCUCUAAUCCAAGCAUAUAAUUCUGUCAUAGAAUUCGAUUUCCUCAGUUAUGGUAUUCUCCGCCUCAAUGAAUAUCUUCGCUGUAAGCACUUCCUCUACGUACAGCUGCCUAAUUCGAACAAUCCCUCUUAGCGAAACAUUGACUAAGUUCCAGACUCCAGCAGGGGCUGAUCACCAACAAUGUCGUCUCACCUUUCAGCAUUCAUAUAAACGAACUUCAUCUUACUCAAACGUCUUUGUAAACAAAGAUGGGAAUCAUACUUGCAGCCUCUUACAGAAGCCAGCUCAUCUUAUUACAAGUGUUUUAGUAUCAUCCCACCUGGCAUGUGGUGGCAUUCAUGACCCAACCAACAGAGGUGUUGUUAUUGCAGUAGGAUGACAAGACUGGGUGCUUGCAUGCAAGCCACAACUUCAUCGUUGGUGUCUUGGUCGUUCCACCUGAUCUUUCUAUACGUUUAUAGUGCUGAGUUUUAAUUCCUGCUUCAGGGGGAGCUACUUGCUACUAGAGGUUGACAACCUAUCCAGGGAGCUACUCAACCUCAAGUCACAUGAUAAAGAUUAAUUAUAUAAUCCUAAAUAAUAUAUUUAUUGAUGAUUAAAGAUUUCUUAUAAAAUAUAAUAUGCAUUUUUAAAUAACAUGUUUAAAAUCAUUCUACACACGUUACUUUUUUUUUCUUUCAGAUUACUUGGAGAACUGUUUCUUACGUGUGUGUGUGU